AUGGACUAUGAAAUGCGAGACGAUGCUGCGCCCACGGACUCGGAGCUCGCAAACGGUCCGACGUUCGAGGACUUGGCCAUUGACGACAGUCUCACUGACCUCGAGCGCGUGACCAAGUACGUGUGCAGCAACAUUGCGCUCCAGCGCGUGAUUCACGUCAAAAUGCUGCACGAAACAGCCCGAUCCGUGGGCUUCCAAGCCACGUGUGACCAGCUGCUGCCGCUGCUGGAGCCGCUCGUGUGUGACAUCGAGUACGUUGUGCGGCAGCACGUGGCGCUGCAGUUCCCGUUGCUGUGCCAGUUCCUCGUUGAGACGGAGCCUCACGUGGGCUACCGCGUCAUGCUGGACAAGCUUCUGCCUCUUGUGAUGAAGCUCGUUUCGGACGAUCAGCACGAAGUGCGCUCGGCUGCGAGCGAGAGUCUCGUGAACAUGGCUGCACUUGUCAAGCUCGAAGACCAGGGACAGCAUGUGCUCACGAUCGUGCUGCCGCUCGCACACGACGAUGACAAUGAACAGUUUCGCAUUUCCGCCGUCGCGCUGUACAAUGGACUGGCGGAACAUUUCGGACCCGAGUUGUGUCAGCAAUUUUGCGUCCCAGAGCUCAUUUCGUUGUCGGAAGACCCGGUGUUCCGAGUCCGUAAAUCCACGGUGCUGAGUUUUUCAAACGUGGGCAAGACAGCAGGCAUGGAGCUGAGUCGAGAGAGGUUGAUCCCUGCAUUUGAACGACUGGCCAAGGAUGAUAUCUGGGGCGUGCGGAAAGCUUGUGCCGAGUGUUUGGUCAGUGUUGCGCUCGCACUGGCGCCGAUGGACCGUGGUCCGAUCUUGAUCCCGAUGUUUGAGAGUUUUAUCAAUGACUCGUCACGUUGGGUCCGCAUGGCAGCGUAUCAGAGUCUGGGGCCGUUUUUGGCGGCAUUAGUAAAAGAGCAGGUCACGGACGAACUGCUGGGUCACUUUGCAAGUAUGGCAACGACAGCAGCAGCGCAGCUUGGUGGCAGUGGCGAAGUAGAUAUCAAAUUUCAUUGUGCGUUUAAUUUCCCGGCGGUAGCAAGUAUUCUGGGCGCUGCAGACUGGUUAAAACUCUCUGCUGCUUUUGAGCUGCUGCACAACGAUACGUACUGGAAGAUCCGGCGGUCUUUUGCGUACUCUUUGCACGAGCUAGCACGGAUUCUAGGCACGGGUAUUACCGAAACACAGCUAGCUACGGCAUUCGACGGGUAUCUCCAUGACGUGCAGGACGUCAGACUUGGUGCGAUGCUGCACUUUGCUGACUUUUUGGAGAACGUAUCACUAUCGUUUCGUGAAAGUUAUCUCCCUGUGCUGACGGAGUUUGACUCAUUCGACAAGACAACCAAAUGGCGCUUUCGUGAAGUUUUGAGUGGCCAACUAGCGCAGCUUUGCCACACUUUCACACCGGAGGCGACAUUUGCGGUGAUCAACCCGCUAGUAUUCAAGCUCAUCACGGACCCGGUUGCCGUCGUGCGUGAACAGAGCUAUCAUGCUUGCCCGUUGCUAGUAGCUCGGCUAAACUCGAAUGCGACGUGGUUGACAGCGAUCGUCGACAAGUUCGUGGCGCUUGCACGCUCGACGCACUAUCAGGACAGGCAGUGCUUUGUGAAAAUCUGCGCCUCUUUCUUGCUGACAAAAGAGCCUCCGGAGGUUAGCGAAAAGGACGCAGUAUUGGCUCGCGCUGCUCGAGACUUUUUUUCGUCUCAGCUGGCAGCCGUGUUUUUCACGCUGGCACUAGAUCCGGUCUCAAACGUCCGUCUGGUAUUCGCCGAGACAGCGGUUGAACAUCAGCAGUUGUGUCGAGAACACCCUGCAUGCCCAGACGCGCUACGAGAAACUCUCUCGACUGCGCCGUCCAUUGACACUGAUACCUUUGCUGCUAUUCUGUCACGAAGAGUGAAAGAAUGUUCCAAUGGACUGACAAAGGAGGAUGUGAAGGUGCAAGAGAAAGAGACUGAGCAAGCCUCAGUAACCAGCUCGGACGCUGGUGAAGAAAGUGAAGGUUGUCCUGCGGCUUCAUCCGGACCAGUGGGGGUAACAGAAAUGAUACCUGAAGAGAAAGAGAUAAAUGGUGAGGUGUUUGAAGCACUUGUACCAGCUGAAGACACGACAACCGCAGCGUUCGCCUCUCUUUCGGGCUCGCCACGGGUAGCUCUGCCACUAGAGUCGAGAAAAGGAAUGACGCACCGUGCGUCGUUGGAAGGGUCCACCACAUCGAAGGCAGGUUCUGACGAGGUAUCGUCGAUUGGCGAGUCGUCUAGUUCGUCGUCUGCGAUCACAAUGGAAGAUCCUCCUCCGUCUUCCAAAGCAAAUCGGGAUGUAUCGAGGUCGCCACGUACAGACACAGCAACAACGCCACCAGCAGCAGCGGAAGACCCGCUACCAAAAAUGCAUUCGAGGGAUUGCUGA